AUGAUGGUGGAGCACCUCCUUGAUCUUGGCGAAGAUCUUAUCGUUGAGAUCUUGACCCACCUGCCGACCAGGUCCGUCCUCGUCGCGCGCGCCGUCUGCAUCGACUUCCGCCGCGUCGCCACCAGCGCGGCCUUCCUCGCCGCCCACGCGCGCCGUCGCCCGCUGGCCCCGCUCGAGAUCCUCCUCUACGACAGAACGACGACAGGCCACGUCGACGACUACGUGUACCUGGACGCUCUGUCCGUCUCCGUCCGCCAUCCGGGCCGCCCGGUGCGCCGUCCGCUCGCGCGCCUCCCCGCGACCAAACCCCAGGCGGAGCUCCUGGGUGAGCAGUUCUGCCUCCCGCUGGCCUCGUGCGACGGCCUCCUCCUGCUCGGGACGGCCGUCGCCGGCCAGUACCUCGUCUCCAACCCCACCACGCGGCAGUGGGCCGAGCUCCCGCGGCUGCGCCGCCCACACAUUGAGGACGGCGGCCGGUCGCUGGAGUCCUUGCAUACCUCCGCGUACCAAGAGUCCGGAUUCUACUUCCACGAGCCGUCCAGCGAGUACCGGCUUCUGUGUCACGUCACGAUCCAAGAAGGCUUGCCCCCGGCGUACUACAUCUUCUCGACCGGCGCCGACGAGCCCCGCCGGCUAGACAACGUGAAAGCCGGGAGCAUCGGGGACUUCUUUUCCCCUUCUGGCUGUGACAUGAUAACCCCGGCGGUUCUCCGCGGGCACCUGCACUGGCUGAGGCACCCCGAGGCCGGUUCGGCCGGCGAGAUGGCGGCGUUCGACACGGCGGACGAGACUUUCCGGCGGAUGCCUGGCCCGCCCGUGGCCAACGAGCUCUUGGCCAGACUGCUCGUCGCGGACGGGUCGCUCAUGGCGUCCGAGUUCAGGAAGCUAGCCGUGGACCUGUGGGUGCUCGAGGGUUACGCUGGCGCCGCUUCUGCAUCCGCGGGAGGGACGAUGUGGGAGCUUCGUCACAGCUUUGAGGUGCCGUGGCAGGCCAGAAUGCCGACGUCCGCCCUGGUCGUGAUCGGCGGCGACGAGGAGGGGGACGUCGUCUUGGGCACCCGCCAUGGUGUGGCGGUGUACGACGUCCGGAGCAGGACGGUCAGGGCCGUCGACGUCGGGCCCGGGGGCUCUAAGGGUGUUAGACUGACGCAGCGCGCGCUAAGGAUACGGGAGAGUUUGGUGCGGCACACGUUUUUCGAGACGCAACGGCAUCCCGGCAUUCCAUCGUUGUAUUGGCGGUUUUGUUCUUGUUAA